AUGGAUUCUGAUGAGAAAGAUUCACGUACACCUGAACAAGAAGUGGCACGAAUGUUUCGAGUAUAUCGUACAGUGCACGAAAUGGUCAUCGAUAGAGGAUAUAUUAUCAAUAGCGAAGCUUAUAAUGAAAUAGAAUAUUUUAGAGAACGCUGCGUUAAGAGUGGUGUUAUUCAUAAAGAGUCAAUGAUGUUUCAAGUUCAAAAGAACGAUAAUCCUAAUGAACAAUUGUUAGUUGUAUUUCCGGAUGAAAAACCAGUGGGAGUAAAAUAUCUUAAAAUUUUAUGUCAAAAAAUGUUAGAUCAAAAAGUUUCUCGAGGUAUUGUGGUAUUUCCAGGAACUUUGACUGCUGCAGCUAAUAAGGCCAUUCAAGUAAUAAAUACCAAAGAAAAUAAAAAUUAUGAAAUUGAUACUUUCUCUGAAGCAGAUCUAAUGGUUAACAUUACACAACAUCAAUUGGUGCCAAAACAUUAUGUUCUUUCAGAAGAAGAAAAGAAAACCUUACUUAAUAAAUAUCGAUUAAAAGAAACUCAAUUACCACGAAUCCAAAUUACUGAUCCAGUUGCUAAAUAUUAUGGGUUAAAAAGAGGACAGGUGGUUAAAAUAAUGAGACCUAGUGAGACUAGUGGAAGAUAUGGCAAAGUUGAGGAGGUUAUCCUACCCGACACAGGUGGUACAUGGUCAUUGUCAGUUCGU